UUUAGCGUUGCGGGGUCUAGUGUUUGCUUUCAUACGAAUUGUAUUUUGUGACAAGAUUGUGUUGUUCUAGCGUAUGUCUCCGGGUUCAUGGAGUCUCUACCUCCAACCCCGAUACUGGGGUUCAACCCGGACACCCUGCGAGAUGUGCGGAGACAGUUCGACCUGGAUGACGUCGCCAAGAUACACGAGAGCGUCGACCUCAUCGAGGCCUGGCUCCAGAAACAGGAUUACCAUGUUAAAAAGGAUUAUGAUAGAAAACAUUUGGAGCGUGCGAUAAUAUUCAAUAAGGGUUCCGUGGAAAAGGCCAAAAGCAAAAUAGACAACAUCUGCAGAUUCAGAGCCCUGCAUCCCAAAUAUUUUGGGCCAAUCACAAGAGAGCAAAGAUUAUUAUACCCUGGCAUAAUAGACUGCAUUUUACCGAAGAUGACGUCAGAGCACGAGCGAGUUUACCUUCUCCGAAACGACGGCAAGAAGUUCGAGCACGGCUUAUUUUACUACUACAAGUAUUUAAUUGCUCUGGCGGAGUAUGCGCAGGCGCACGACUACAACAACGGCGUGAUCGCGAUCUUCGACUACAUGGACGUCGAUCUGUUCGAGCUGUUCAAGCUCAUCAACAUCGUCGAGAUGCAGCUCGGGAUGAUGAUUCUGACGGAAGGAUUCGGAAUGAGACUAAAAGGACUCCACAUUUUAUCCAAAAACAAAGGAAUCGACGUGAUUGUUAAAAUAUUUAAACAAGCCCUAAGCGAGAAGCUGGCAAAUCGCAUACAAGUCCACAACUCUUUCGACACUUUAUAUGACUACGUACCGAAAAAUCUCCUGCCUGUGGAGUACGGUGGAGCAGAUAAAUCAUUAAGGACUGUUAGCGAUAAUAAUCUAGAUGAAAUAACAUCGGAGAAGUUUAGACAACAUCUCACACGGAUGAGCGAGGCUGUGACGAACGAGAAACUGAGACAGAGCGACGAAGUUAACACCGACUAUAGCGGUGUCCCGGGCACCUUCAGAACUCUUACUAUAGAUUAGGGUCCAUCCACACAAGAGCUUCAAGGGAGGGGGACAUCAAAUGUGAAAAUAUAUUUUAGCGGGUCCCUAGACGAGAAAUUUUAUUGCGUAAGAUCACGUAUUGGGUAAUAUUAUUAUUGACCGUCUAGGAUUGAUAUUGAUUAAUUGUCAAAUAAACUAUUCAAUAAAAUUGAAGCCUGAUAUUGCAAUUGAUCGUCUAAGGGCCGGUUAAGAGAUUUUAAAAAAGGUUGACAUAGUGGGGUUAAAACUAAUGUUCAUGACCCUUUAUGCUCUUUACUAAUAAAAAUAUUUAAACUGCAAAUCACUACAAAUAGUACUACUUGUCUUUGUCUAAACAUUGGAAUAGUCACAUGUGAUAUGACGCCACAGUGUUAGUGUCCGUGCGACUAGACGUAUGCGAAUUUUAAUUGCAUAAGUUGAAAAAAAAUGCUAUGCUAUUGCUUUACCGCGGCAAUCCCCGGGUGCCGCACGUAUUUUUUCAUUUAUUUCACUUUUAGUUGCGAUUUAGUUUGAUGAAUAAAAACUUAAUUAAAGCUUAGUAUGGCCUGGCUGCUACCAAUAAUAUUGUGUACCAAAGGGAAUUUUUAAAUUCCUUGUCAAAAAUGUGUGAUGGUGUAUUUUCCGGUCGAGAAACAUGUAGAAAUACGUGCCUAUACUUAGAUCCAUGCAGAAUACGAUAUUAUGAAUAUUUCACUUGCGAGCAAAAGACUUUUAGGCCGACAACGCAUCUGCAGCUCUUCAAAUGUUGCGACUUG